CGCCUUUGAAAUAGGCUGACACUGAGUCACAACCGUGGCAGGCGGGGGCGUCGCACGACAGGCGGACCAGGAAAAGGCCGAGGUUGGACCGUCGAGUGGCUUGAUUGGACCCUUGAACGAGACGCAGCUGCGCUUUCCAUCUUUCCAAUCUUCCUAAAUCCUCCACUCAGUCCUCUCACCUAGAUCUGCUCAUCUACUCUCAUUCAAGCUAUCAGGACCUUCUCGGAUUGCUCUCUUGUAGCAAUAGACGCUACGCCGGCCUCACAAGAUACCUUCCAACCAGCAUCUCAAUCCCCGGCCACGCCACUCUGUCCUUCCCCCGUCCCGGCUUACAUACUCAGCAUGUCCACGCUCUCUAGCACCUCAACUUCGUCCUCCUCCUCAUCUUCGUCGCAGCGCUGGCUCUCCCGAGUCCUCUACCUAGGCACAGGUACAUCAGCCCAAGUUCCCGCAAUCCAUUGUCUCCUCCCUUCCCCCACCACCCCACGUCGCCCCGGCCCUGCCGAGCCAGAACCAAUAGCAUGCGCAGCGUGCAGCCACGCAGUCGAAGUUCCCGGAUCAAAGAAUCGUAGAGGAUGCACCAGUGUAGCCCUAAUCGGCGGUGGACGGCCGCGGGCAGAUGAACCGGAGGAGCUCCUCCUAAUCGACUGUGGUCCCACCUUCUACCCUUCGGCCCUCACCCACUUUCGCCCGCAUUCCCUCCCGCGAAGGAUAUCAGGCGUUCUCCUCACCCACGGACACGCGGACGCCGUUCUUGGGUUGGACAAUUUGCGCGCCUGGACCAUGGGAGGAUUGCAGAGCUGCGUAGAUGUGUAUCUGACCAAGGAGACGAUGAAGGUUGUGGAGGGGGCUUUUCCUUACUUGGUGGAUAGGAGUAAGGCAACUGGGGGAGGGGGUGUGGGAGCGUUGAGGUGGAAGGUGAUUGAUGGGGUGACGCCCUUCAGAGUCGGAGGAGUAGAGGUCACGCCAUUGCCGGUACUGCAUGGAUUUGCGGACGGAGGUUCAUUUGGCUGUCUGGGAUUCAGGGUGGACGGGUUCAGCUACGUAUCAGACUGCCAUCACGUGCCGCCCUCAACCUCUUCCCUGAUCAGCGGCUCACAGACCGUAACAAUCGACAGCCUCAUGCCGAGGCGACAUCCCUCCCACUUCUCCCUCUCGCAAGCGCUCAGCUUCCUGUUGAGCCUACCGCGAACUGCCUCCACAUCUCAAAUGAAUGGCACCUCGAAUGGUAACAAGGCGGGAACAGAGGGUCAGUUCGAGCUGGGCAUUCUCACGGAUCUGACGCAUCGUCUGGAGCAUCAUGCCCUCCAGGAGGACAUGGACGCAUUUGUGGAGGGGCUGAGGGGAUGGGUUGCCAAGAAGAGGGUACAGCAACAGCAAAAGAAUAAGGGCCAGGCCAACGGUGUCGCUGCAGAGCAGUCUCAAAGGCAGGUAAACGGCCGCAGCAAAAAGGCAAAGCGUCACGGAGAGGGGUCUGGUCCUCGCUGGUGGGCACCUGUGUGGGAUGAAGAGGAGGCGGAGAUGCCUGGCGGGGAGGGUAGAGUUGUCCUCAAGCAAGAGGGACGGGACAUGGACGAAGAACAGGGGGACGACAAUGACAGCAUAGACUGGGAAACGAUCCACGUCCCGGACAUCGUCGUCGCUUUUGACGGGAUGGUCGUCGAUUUUGAUCGCAAGACAGGAAGGCCGACUGGAUGGCGAUGAGCCACAUAGUCCUCCGAGCAUAGCAUGGAAUGUAGAGCACGCUGAUCGGAAUCGCACACGUCACCGAUGAGAAGAGAAAUCGUCGAGAUUGGUGUGAGCGGUAUGAUGAUGUGUGACAGGGU